GAGAGGGAGCGGCUGGUGGCAGUGCUGGAUGCGUGUGCUGCACGCACCAGCGCGCUGCCCCUGGCUGCUGCGGCAGCGCUGCCAACCCACUGCGCGCGCUUCUCCCUCGCCUGCCUCUCCCGCCUCUUCAUGCUCGCCGGGCAAGGCCGCACAGAGGACACACUGGCAUCAUCAUCGGUGGCGGUGGGGCGGCUGGUGCUGCCUCGCCUCGUGGCGCGCUGCCAUGCCAUUCUGCACCGCUUCACUAAAGACUCCCUGCAAGCAGGGUCAGCAGCCAUGCCGGCAGUGCGUCUGGCGGAGAUGCUGCUGCUGCUGCAGGAGUUGGUGCGCCUCGUGCUGCACCCCCUCGUCGCUGCCGCACUGGACGUGCCCAUCGCGCCCAAGGCCAGUGCAGAGGCGCACGUCACGGCGCAGGCAGCAGCAGCCGGGGACACGCUCACCAGGGGUGAGCUGGAGCGGCCAUGGGAGCGGGACAGCGCAGCGCGGCGGUUUGUGGACAGCGAGGGGCGGCAGCUGGGGUGGCAGCGAGCGCACCUGCUGCUGCUCUACUCGCCCCUCUGCGACCUCGUCUUCCUCCGGUACACUUUCCACACUUCUCCCGUCCCCCGUCCCCCUCCCCCCCCUUAA